AUGGACCCGGCGCCCCGCUUCCCGGGGCGCAGGGCGGCGCUGAGGGCGCUGCUGCUCGCCGCGGCCCCGACCGCGAAGGGGGUUCGGCAAGACCGCAGGGGCCAGUCCGGCAUCCUCAAGGAGGAGGGGCCUGCCGAGGAGGAAGCAGCGGCGGCUGGACACGAGCUCCUAUUGCCAAAUGAGAGAAGCUUCCAGAAUGCUGCUAAAAGCAAUAAUUUGGAUCUUAUGGAGAAGCUGUUUGAAAAGAAGGUUAACAUUAAUGCUGUGAACAAUAUGAACCGCACAGCCCUGCAUUUUGCAGUGGGGGCAAGUCAUUUAUCUGCGGUGGAUUUCUUGCUUAAUCACAAGGCCAGGGUGGAUGUUGCUGAUAAGCACGGCUUGACAGUGAUUCACCUUGCAGCCUGGUCUGGGAGCCUCGAGGUCGUGCUCAUGCUGGUUAGAGCUGGAGCAGACCAGAGAGCCAAGAAUCAGGAUGGAAUGAAUGCCCUCCAUUUUGCAGCUCAGAGCAAUAAUGUGCACAUUGUGGAGUACCUCAUCCAAGAUCUACACCUGAAGGACCUGGACCAGCCUGAUGAGAAAGGAAGGACACCAUUUCUUUUAGCUGCUGAGAGAGGCCAUGUCGAAAUGGUAGAAAAACUUAUCUUUCUUGAGCUGCAUACUUCAGAAAAGGACAAGGAGGGCAACGCGGCCCUGCACCUCGCAGCAAAGCACGGUCACAGCUCUGUGGUGCGCGUGCUGCUCACCAAGCAGGAAGAGGUGAAUGAGACCAAUGAGAAUGGAGAAACACCAUUCUUCCUGGCUGUUGCAGGAGGUCAUGAAGAAUGCAGCAAAGUGCUGCUGGCAGCAGGAAGUGAUAUCAAUGUCCCAAAUAAACUCAAUGUCAGUGCUUUGCAGAUAGCGACCCAGAAUGGCCAUGCAUCGCUUGUCAGCUUUCUUCUCAGUGAGAACGUUGAUCUGCACCGGAAUGGGGAACCUAAGGAGUCCCCUCUUCAUUUAGCUGUUAUCAACAACCACAUCACCGUAGUAAACAGCUUGUUAAGUGCACAGCAUGAUACUGACAUCUUAAAUCAGAGACAGCAAACUCCUUUGCACAUAGCUGCUGACCUUGGAAAUGUGGAACUGGUGGAAACCCUGCUGAAGGCCGGCUGUGAUCUAAAGGUCGUUGAUAAGCAAGGGAAGACGGCCUUGGCUGUGGCCUCCAGGAGCAACCACAGCCUUGUCGUGGACAUGCUCAUAAAAGCAGAGAGAUACUAUGCCUGGAGAGAGAAGCACAGUGAGAGCAUCAAGGACCAAGUAACCGACUUUCCUCUGACAUUCAAGCAAGAUCACAGUCAGGAGACCAGGCAUAUUCGCCGUCUCCUCUGGAACCUGGCUUAUCGUCAGCUGAAGGCCAGCGAGUGGCAGAGGCUGGCCCGGUUGUGGAACUUCACCGAGGACCAGAUCAGAGCCAUCGAGGAACAGUGGUCAGGAAAGGACAGCUUCCGUGAACAUGGCUACAGGGCUCUGCUUAUCUGGCUGCAUGGGACCCUGAUAAUGCAGGACACGCCGGUCAAGCACCUGUAUGAAGGGCUGGUACGCGCGGGUUUUCCAGAACUAGCUGAAAAGAUCCGUCAAUUCAAAAAUGAAACUGAUUUAAACCCCAAGAAAUGUGCAGUUUCAUAA